AUGCCAGCUUUGGCUCUGUGUUCUGCUCUGGCUCGAUCUUGCAGCCGCUUGGCCUCUAAGAGGGCUGAGUUUGCGGCAACAUCCGUGGGUGAGUGGCACGGGAUCAAUCCCGCCUGCGCGGAGCGCGCGGCUUGUGCCGCCAACGGCACCGUGGAGGAAUCUGCGGCCCAGGCGUCGUGGGACGCGGCAGAGGUUCCGGUGGGCUCGGGAGCAUUGGCUCCCGGCGCGUUGUGUGAGGUCUCGGUUCCUCCUGGAUCUCCUCUUCGUCCGCCCCGCUUUCGCAGCUUUAUAUUCCUCAUGCUGGGCGAGGAUCUCGGCCUCGGUGCUCAACCCCCACUGCAGGCCCAGCACGCAAAACGCCACGGAUGGGGCAAAGUCUGCUGCAGCUGGAACCCCAUCCACUCCCGCGACCCAGCCUACCGGCACAGCACGCAUUUUUUGGAGCCAGCUUUGCUGCCAACGCCAGCAGCACCAGCGCCCAAACACCUGCAGUCCCACAUGACCCCGCACCAGAGGAGAGAGAGUGGACGUGCCAUCCUCCAGGGCGGCCAUAUCAAGGUUCGGUCACGACUACGCAGCUCCUCGACUACAGCGAGAACCCCUCCAGGCGACCAGAUCAUCCAGGUCUGUCAGUCAGAUCAAAGGCUGGAGUGGCUUCACUCCUUCUUGGCUACGAUCUCCAUCAUGAAGGAGCCGGCUGUUACGGGAGGUCUAACUGCGUCUGAGCAGGUUACCAUGUGGAGCAAUCGGAUCGCGGUCCUGGGCCGCAUUCCGUGGAUCUUUGCCCCCAUAGCUGAAGCUGGUUGCCACUUACAAAGAUGCUACUGCUACUUGGCAGGACAUUACAGAAGCAAAGCUUCUAGUCGGGGCUACUGGCCCUUUCACGCUCUGCAUCGGGAAGGACAGCCGCUAUGUCGAGCUCAAGGCCACCGCAGUCUACUAUGGCAUAGUCAUAGUCCAUUCCCUCUUCCAAAGGAUGUGGGGCCGGCCUGA